UCUCGAGCCUCGCCGCUGCCAGCCGCUAGUUCGCUGCAAGCUCCGCACUGCGGCGGUACCCUGUAUCUGCGCUCUCUUGCCUGCCUAUUCGAGAAACGUUAUUUCCCCCUUCUCGUAAUUAUAUGUGAAAAUUAACGCCAACAUAAAUAACUGUAGUGUUCCGUCAUACGUUUUCAGUGUCUGUGUGUUUAUCCGCGAAAUUUGUGAGUUUUCUUAAGGAACUCACGGCACGUCCCCGUCUUAUUGACGUCGAUUUGUGUCUAUCCGGCAGGUAUUUACAAAGAAACAGCACCAGAAGAACAUAAUAGGCGUUGAAAAAUCGCAAGCAUGAAGAUUAACUGUCACAGCGGUUGGUGGGUGGUGCUGCUGACGGCAACGCUGGCUGUCACCGUCUCGGCUGAAGCCGGAGUCGGCUUGUACUACGCCAGGUUGAAGCAGGUCAUAACCUCCAGCACCCUCAAAUGGACUACUCUCAACAAAGAUGUCAUGACCAAUUAUGUAAUCGGAGCUAAUUCUGAAAAAGGUCCCAUAUAUCUUUGCCGAGCACGCCAUGAACGAGACAUGAUACUGGGACAAUUAAAACCUGAUUACACUUCCUGUGCUGUUUCUGGAAGUAAAAGCUACAAUAAUUUCGAAGUACUUGAAAAUAUUGAAAAUGCUUCUUUAAUUUAUUGGGUCCCAUGGCUUAAGUUCAAUUCAAAACCAAACGGAGCUGUUGUAGUAGACUCCUCGGUCGAUUCAGUAUUUAUCGCGCGAAUGGAGGCUAACAGUGGAUACUCACACUACAUUGGGAGAAUUGCAUAUGAAAAUGCAAUAGGACGGUUAAUAACAUUUGAUGACAAAAACAAUGAAUUGAUUGAAAACAGCGGCGAAAUCCUCGUUGAAAUUGAACCUAUCAGUUACAAACUGGAGAAUGUUGAAUUAGAUAUAGGCACGGAACAUGUUCGACAAAACGACCCAGAAGUGUUUGAAGAGAGAAUUCUUAGAAACGAUGAUGAGGUUGCUGCUACAGUCACAACAGAAAUCGAAUAUGAGUAUAAUUACACCGUUUCCUGGGGACAUGGACAUGGCAUUGCUAUUGGAUUAAAUACUACUAUUGAAAUGGCAGACGGCACAUCCUUCCCACAAAUCCAAUGGGCUAAUCCUUCCACUGAAAGGAAAACUAAGUUAUACAAAUUAGAACGAUUUUUAGAACCGGGAACAGCAUGCAAUGUCACUUUUAGAGGUAAUCGCACUGACCGAGAUGUUCAGUACACCGCUACACUAAUUACAUUAUAUAACGGCAAAGAUUCUCGGUCAAGACAAAUGCGUGGACAACGUAUUGAAAAUACAUUGGAAGUGGAAGCGAUAUACGGUGAAAUAUACUUCGUCGGCAAUAACAGUCUUGUGCCAACAACAACCACUACUACUACAACUACGACGUCAACUACUACCACAACGCCAUUACCUACAGUACCACCAGCGCCUGAAGAAAAUGACAUUGCCAUUCCCAUAAAGAAACCAGAAUCAUCAAACGACUUGUCUAUGAGCAACAAUAUGAUUGGCAACGGCGAUGAAAAUGUAGGCAACUCACCUGUUAAAGAAGACGACAUCAAUCGCUCGGUCGUUGGCGGCCUCGGCAGCAAGCCUAACGGUGCCAAUAUUAACAAAAUAAUGUCUUACACGCUAUUCAUUUCGAUGUGCGCGCUGUUACUUUAACUUCAGAAUCUAGUUCUACUUGUAAAUAGCAAACAGAAUAUCAUUAAAAUCAUAGUUGCUUCGUCGUUGUGUAUUUAGCAACUAAGCUUGAUGCUAUUACUUGUUGGCCGAGAUGAAACAAACAAUAUUUCAGCUCGACGUAAGUUUGUAAAUAGAUUAUUUUUUGUUUUCUUAACAUUCCUGUUAUGUGGUUUCAUUCCAGUAUGUAAAUUGAGGAGUCAAAAUUAAUCACAUGACUGUAAAUAGAUAUUUGUAAAUAGUUACGGAUAUGAAAGUCGCCAGGCGGCAAGACGAGUUAUCGUCACACGCAGUGACGGAUGUGGCAUCUUAGAUAGGUAUGAUAACGAGUGUAGUAUCACUGUUACCAGUAACAACAACACCCACUAAUAUACUAUAUAUUAACAAUAAAAUUAUAAACUAAUCAACAAAUUAUUCCUGAAAAAAUAAGGAAAUGUAAAGUGUAUAUCAACGACAUGAAGUUACCUAUAAUAUCUACAAAAUGUCACGUACAAAAUAUAAUCUCUUUUACUAAAUACCUGAUUACCUAUUCACUUAUUUUUAUUUCCUAAUCAUUGCGUGUAACCGCCAUUUUCAAUAAACGAUCCCAAUUGCUUUCUUCGAUCUAUCCCAAAAUAAAUAAAUCAGAAUAAAGUUGUUUUUGACACGCUUACAAAUCACUUAUUUUAAUUGGUUCAUUCUCGGAAUCAGAUUGAAGAAUGAGAUUGGGAGCAUUUAUUGAAAACGGCUGCAAAUUAAAAAAGUAACUUGUGUCAAAAGGGGUAUUAUCCAUAAUAUGUAAUAUUUCGUAUUUUCCCAAUAUACGCAUUUUAAAACGUUUUUAUUAUCAGCAUUCCAAUAAUUAAUAACCUCAAUCAGUUAUUUUUUUAUACUCUUGCAAUACGAGUAGAUUUAUGUUGUUAAUAAAUCAAUUAAAUUAUUUUUUAUGUACUGAGUUUCGCAGAUGACUAUCUUGACGUCAUCAAAAAUAACUUUUUACUAUAAGUACCUCCGGUUUUAUAGUAUUUUGUAUUUACUUUUUUAUUGUUAUUGUUAUUUUAAGAUACAAUAGUAUAGAAUCCAGAAUUAUAAGAUAUUAUUACUUUAUUAGGUUAAGCGUAUGAUACAUUAUUUAUUUUGUUUUUAUUGUAAAUGCAAGCUUGGUACAGGUUUUCUGUAAGUAAAUAUUGGUACUUCUUCUAAUAUACCUGUCAAAAAGUGCGUAAUGAUGACUUUGUAUACAUGCCAAAGUUAAAGAUUAGUAUGUACUCACUAAACUGCCGACAGUUACUGUUCAGACCAUUAACCUAUUAAAACUUUGCCCUCCGGUCGAUUGAUCUUAAUCAUGAUUCUCGUAAGCUAAUAGUAAAACUGAAUAUCCUUCAAUGUCAUAAAGGAUCUACUUAUUAGUAUGCUUAGCAGUUAGCAGUAUUUCGUCAAUAUGUAAAGAAAGUGAAUGAUAUUUUUGUAUGAAUUGAAAUCGAUGGUAAGUGUUCGCAUUAAUUGUAAGUUUACUAUCUUAGGUGUUUUAUUGUUUUUCGAAGUAGUUAUUGUGUUUUAUAUGAUUGAAAGAAUUUCUAUGAUAUAUUUCAAAAGAUUUUAGUAAUUAGUUUUAAAAUAAUAUUUCGCAUGUUGUCUUAUUUACGUAAAUGAAUGUCCCACCUAGACUACCAUUAUUGAAUAAGACUUAAAAUAUUAUAAACAAAAAUAUAUUUAUGAUUACUGGACACGAGUUUUUGCCUUUCAAACUAAUUUUUGUCUUGGAUAAUAUAAAUUGAUGUUAGGAUAGUUUUGAAAAACUAAUGUAUGUAGCCGCGUACAAUGCAAUUUAUGAUUCUGUACCUAACAGUUAAUUCAAGGCCUGAAUGUUCAACUUUAUAUAUCAUAGAGAAAAGCUUGUAUUUUUCGAUAGCUAGUAAAUCUGUUCCGUAUUGUAUAAGGCCAUUAGUGCUGUGUUGAUGUGAGCGCACGUUGGCUCUGUCGAAUGUCAAGGGUCGACAGGGCGCAUGACAUCUACUCGUAUGAAUCUCAUGACAUUAACAUUGUUUUGCGGAGCAUAAUUGUGAUGUCUCAUGUAAGUCUUAUCUGUUUAAAUUCAUUAAAGUGUAACUGAA